GUGCCGUGCUGUGGCGUGGCGGGGACGCGGCCGCGGCGUGGGUCUGAGCUCUGAGUGCCAGUUGGAGGGGGGCGGUUCUGUUCCCCACCCCCUCCGUUUGCCUCUGCCCAGGGGCGGGUGUGUGACGUUGGGGCGCGCUCAGUGACCGAUUGAGGAGAUCGAGCCGGCCCGGGGUGGGGGAGAGAGAGCAGCUAACGGACAAACGGUCGCCCGGAGGGAGUGGGAUCCAGCGGCUCGCUGGACUCAAGACAGUGAGCGAGGUGGUCGGCCGGGCUGGGCCGGACUGGACUGGGCCUGGACCACAUCCUCCCUCCAUCACUACCUCCAUCGCCCCCCACCCCGCCUUUCGGCAGAGGCAGAUGGCCAGCUCCGGGAAGCUGUGUGAGCAAUGGCCGGCGGUUGGAGACAGCUGAACGCUCUCUGAAUGAUAGCCAUGUUAGCGAGGAAAACAGCGGCCCCCGGACACUUGGCCACGGCCCAAUUUGGGGAUGUCUUGUAUGACUCAUACAUGCGUGUAGAUCAAGCUGAGAGCCAAGCCUCGUGUGUGGAGAAGGAAAGCUCUGUGGGAUUGCCAUCUCUUAAUAGCUUAACGAUUGGCAAGAGCACAAUGAAAGAUCAUCUGCCAGCUUCGUGUCGGACUCAAGUCAAGGUGCAACAUUUAUUUGAAGAUGCUGGAAACAGGCGGAAUAAUGCAACUAUGCAGUCUACUGUUGCUCGAACUUGUAAAACAGCACUCCCUUCACUUAAGGAAAAGACCCCUGAUGGUACAGCAUCAUCUAAAUCAGAUGGCAUUAUGCCCAAGUCAAAAGCUGCCAUAUCACCAACCCAAGCCAUGAAGAUGCACAUGCAUCAGUUGUCUUCCUAUGAGCAUCAGGAAAUCUUUAACUAUCCUGAAAUUUACUUUAUGGGCUUAAAUGCGAAAAAGCGACAAGGUGUAGUAGGUGGCUCAAACAACUGUGGUUAUGAUGAUGAUCAAGCGGCAUACAUACUUCUGCCUCAUGAUCAUGUAGCAUAUAGAUACGAGAUACUUAAAGUUAUUGGGAAGGGAAGCUUUGGGCAGGUAGCUAAAGUGUAUGACCACAAAUUGCGGCAGCACCUGGCACUGAAGGUAGUGCGAAAUGAGAAGCGGUUCCACCGGCAGGCUGUAGAGGAGAUCAGAAUUCUGGAACACUUGAAAAAACAAGACAAGAACUUGCAAAUGAAUAUCAUCCACAUGCUGGAAAAUUUCACAUUCCGCAAUCACACCUGCAUGACCUUUGAACUGUUGAGCAUGAACCUGUAUGAGCUGAUCAAAAGAAACAAGUUCCUGGGAUUCAGCCUGCAGUUAGUACGGAAGUUUGCCCAUUCCAUUCUACAGUGCCUGGAAGCAUUGCAAAAAAAUCGAAUUAUUCAUUGUGAUUUGAAGCCAGAAAAUAUUUUACUGAAACAGCAAGGCCGUAGUGGCAUCAAAGUGAUCGAUUUUGGGUCCAGCUGUUACGAGCAUCAGCGCAUUUUCACUUACAUCCAGUCGCGAUUUUAUCGAGCCCCUGAGGUUAUCCUCGGCUCGCGUUAUGGGAUGCCCAUUGACAUGUGGAGCUUUGGUUGCAUCCUUGCUGAACUAUUGACGGGAUACCCUCUCUUUCCUGGGGAAGAUGAAGGAGAUCAAUUGGCCUGUAUAAUGGAACUUUUAGGGUCUCCACCUCAGAAAAUGUUGGAUCAGUGCAAAAGAGCCAAGAACUUCUUCAACUCCAAGAAUCAACCCCGUUAUUGCAAUAUCACCACACUCCCUGAUAACACAGUCAUUGUGAACGGUGGCCGCUCUAGAAGAGGUAAGCUGCGAGGGCCACCAGGUAGCAGGAGCUGGAUGACAGCAUUGAAAGGUUGCGAAGACUCACUCUUCAUCAGCUUCCUAAAGAGGUGUUUGGAAUGGGAGCCAGCUAAUCGCAUAACACCCACCCAGGCUUUGAGACAUUCAUGGCUAGUUAGACGUUUAUCUAAACCACCCACUGUGGAGAAGACUACACCAGUUAAAUCUACACCAGAUAGCAAUAGUUCCUUGCCUGGAAUUGUUUCCAAGUUACCCCAAAAUCUUGGCACAAGCACCAAACUAAGGACCAAUUUGGUGCAGAUGGCUGAUUCAAAUGGAAAUAAUAUACCUCUACGUACUGUGCUUCCAAAAUUAGUUAGCUAAGGCUAUUGUGUGCUGCAAAUUAAACCGGAGAACAUGUCAAAUGCAAAAAAAAAGUUUCUUAUAUAGGUCUUUUUGCUGGUAAAUGUUAAACAGGUAUUUCCAAAUUAUGUAUUUCAAUUUGAAAGAAACUACCGUAAUUUCCAAUUUGCAUUAAAGUGCAUAAAAUUAUUCUUUAUCCAUCUGACCCACUCAAGACUAUUGUAAUUUUUAAUCUGAAUUAAAAUAUGAAUACCCCUAGUUUGAAAAUAAUAUGAAGUAAAUGACUUAAUAUUUUUAACUACCCUGAGAUGAGGUGACUGAAUAUAAAAUAUUGUGCUCAAGACUUGUCUGUGUCAAGUCUCAUUUAACUUUUUUUGACCACAUUUGAUUUUAGUUAAAAUUUUCUAAAACAAAAUUGUCAUUCUUCCAAUACAGUUGUUAAUUUAUUAGUAAGGAUCCUAUGAGCUGCCAACACGUUUCCAGUUCCUCCCCCUCCCAAAUGUACCUGCAUGCUGAACUUUAUUGAAUGAGGCUUUGGUGGAAAUUGAGAAGACUUGAUGUCAGCCACUAACAAUCCUGUUCAUGCAGUGAUUGGCCUUAAAACAUCUGGUAAUUAAUUCCCACUCUAUGCCAAAUUAGCCAAUUGUAUUUUUAUUUGCUUUUUUUUGAGUCACAAAAAAGGCCUGUGAGGUCAUGAACUCAGUUAUGGUUGGGUACUGCAAACCAGCUUUAUUUCAGUGUGUUACACACAAUACCUUGCUAUCAUCCUAAUGCAGGAUUGAACUGUCAGCUCCCCUCUACGCUAUGCAAUGGAAAUCUAUUAAUCACUCUUGUCAAAGAAACCAGUGCUUUUUAUUCUUCUGGGUGACAGUUUAUUCCACACAUUGCUUGUGAGACACAUACCCUUCUGAACUCUUCAGAUAGGGGCUUUCAAAAUUUAUAUAGCUGUUAGUUGUCCUGUGUCCUCCCUGGGUCCCAUCUCCCAUCCUAAACUUGCAAAUGUCCUUGGGUGUAUAGCACCUUUGGGAAAGAAACAAUUAAUUGGCAAAUUUGAGCAAGAUUUGUGGCAGCUGAAUUUCACCUAGCGUUCUCUCUUUUUGAGGAAGGCAAUUUUAGGGUGACUUUGUAAUGAGCUGAGUUUUAUUUUGCUUUUUUUUUGUAAGCUCUAGGUGCCAUCUUGGAGAAAAAAACUGCAAAAAUUUGGCUGUGUAAAUGUGCUAUUGGGGAUUAAUAUCAGUGGUUGAGUAAGUAGACUAACAAAGUGAGAGUGCAGAUGAGGAGCAUGCUUGUAGUAAAUGUUUUGCAUGAUGCCAAAUAAGCACCAAGGCUUAACCAGAAUUCACUAUCAUUGCUCAUUGAGCAGCAAUUUAUAUUCAAAAUGAUGCCAGAGCAGAAUGGGUUGCAGAAUCUAAAAUGUAGCAAAAAUGUAUAAUUCUGCAGUACCUUGAUUGCAUUACGCAGGUGGCAAUUUCAUUGCCAGUAUAGCUGUAGUAUUAAGGGCAAACAGUACAACAUUUUUUAAAAGUCUACACAAAGAGAAGUAAUGCCAAAAAAUAUUUAGUAUAUGGUUUGCCAUUAUUUGAAAUAAUGGAAGCUAGCAACCAACAGUGCAAAAAACAAUUUUUCACAUCGCCACUUUUGUGUUUCUGCAUGCUGAUUUCUUGAGAAUAAUUGGAUGAAACGUUUCCAUACCCUGACUCUUCACCAAUUGUAGACUGUAAAAGUUUGGCCUGAAUUGCUUGUUCACAAUGUGCAGGUUAUUUUGGAGUGAAACUAUUCACUUCAGGUAUGAUCUAAAUAUCCUCCCCUGCACUGGAAAGUUUUCAUAAAUGCUACAAUAGGUCCUCCUCCAACUGAUAUUUCCUAACUCGACCUUGAUCCCAUUGGAACAAUUUAUAAAGGCAAGACAAAGCACACUUUAAGCAACAUUCACUAAAUUUUGAAUAUCCAAAGUGCAAAUUUAGGUACUCUUGUUUGAUUACUACGGUGGUUUACAGGAGUUUUUAAUGUUUCCAUUUGAUGGGUGUUUUUAAUCUUAGAAUUGUACACUUUUCAGGUUUAGUUGAUACAGUUUAAGAAAUGUUACAAUAGUAAAUUUUGAUAACUGGUCAAGUGAAGACCCAAACUAUUUACUAUUAAUAAAUUGAACAAACACUUCAUGAAGUUUAUUUCUCCUACUUUAUAAAGGUAUAUAGAUAAGGAUAAUCCAAUGGUUUAAUAUUACAGAGGAACCUCGAUUAUCUGAACGAGAUGGGCGGGCAAUAUUUCAUUCAGAUAAUUGCUUAUUUGGAUAAUCAAUUUGACCUUCAACAAGGGAAGCCAUACUGAGAUAACUCUGUGCUCUACCGGAGAGUUUGUUUAAAUCUAUAAUUUUGAUGAAUCUGCUAUUUAAACAAACUAAUCUUUCCAUGCUGCAAAUUGCAGGUUAAACUGAGAAGACUGAACCCUUACCAUUACAUAAAUAUAUGAAAUCCCAGCAUUAAACAAGGUCUGGAACAGCUGCUGCAAUCAUAAUUGUCAGUUUCCGCUGAACUCGGUGUCGUGGCAGAAAGACAAAGCACUGCCUCGUGCAUGCGUUUACUUUCUGUGCCCUUUUUUUUCCAUGAAAGGCCUGGUAAAGUGACUAGAAUAAAGCACUUACUUUUGCAAAGGGCUGUGUAACUAGCCCUUAUGUAAAAAAUAUCCAGUCGCUGAUGCUUGAGGUGCUUGUGUUUCUUUGAUUUUUGUCAGUGUUUUCACACGUUCUUCAGUACAGAUAAUUCAAAUGCACUUACCUCUGAUGUAAGGUUGCGGGAUCUUCAGAUAUCCAAAAUUUGGAUAAUUGAUAUUCAGAUAAUUAAGGUUCCUCUGUAUUAAAACAUCUAUUGGAAUAAUUUCAGGUGUAAUAAAAUUUUGGUUACUGAAAUCCUAUAUGCUUUAUUUGCCAAAGAGAAUUUUAAAUGUGCAAAUUAUUGCCCCCAUCUUCAAGUAUUGCUUGAAGAAAAAAAUUAUCUUGCACUAUAUGCAGUUCAUGCAACUGCUGCUUGUUUCUGCUCUUGAGAAAUCAGAUGGAUGAACAGAGUUUGGGCUUCCUAAAAUGGAAUUGAAAACCUAAGUAGGCAACAAUAGCUGCCAUAGUAUUAUUUUCUCCCCCCCUCCAAAAUAAAGAAAAAUCCACCCCCACUUGCCUUCACUGAAGGGUUGUGACAGUUUGCAACUUCAAAAUGGGAUCACAGUGGUGGGAAAGUUUGGGAAGUACUGGUCUAAGUGGACCUGGAGUCUGUUUGUUGUCUUGCAUGAGUUGGAGAUUGAACCAUUUGGUGAAGUACUGAAGCAGGUGUUUUCUUGCAUGCUAAUCCUUGUCACAAACUUGUUCUGUGUAUGUACGAUUAAACUGGUUUAAAGCAGCCACUGUGUUAGUUAACCAAAAGCACAUGAAACAGUGAUUUUAAGCUUUGUGUGAAACUAACAACUGUUUUUCUUGGCAUUACAAAGCAAUCACUGCCAGUUUUACCAGCAAAACAAAACAUUGAUAAUUAUUGUUCAAUCCAUUCUUAAUCAUAAAAUAUAAGUGGAAAUCAAUUUUUUUGUCUCAACCCUGAAGUGCUGCUAUGAACUAGACUCACGCAAUUUAAUUAUGUUCAACGUGCUGAAAAUCGAAAUUACACCAUCUCGUCUUGCAUGAACUCUGUUUCUUUUAUCUAUCAAAUUGCAACAUGCCAAACAAACCACAUGAAGCACUCUGUCUCAGACAUUUAUGAAUAACAAUUCAGAAGGUACAAGAAAUUUCCACAGCACAUUAUAAAUAUUUCACAAUGAGAUCUAAUGAGUCAGUUCAAUGCAUAGAAAGCUGCUUAUUCACCAAUAAAUUAAACAAAGCAUGCCUAUAGAUAUCGGCAUAAAUUUUCAGUUGCUGUGGAACUGGUAGUGUUUUGAUGUAUCCUUUUACAAUAUCUCAAGUUCAGAAAUUCAAAUCCAUCGUGGGAAGAUCAUCUCUCAGGCUUCAUGGGGUGAGCAGGAGGAACAACAAUGCAACUUGCAUUUUAACUGUACUUUCCUUGGCAGUAGCUGGCAGGAAUCUAUCACGAAUUUAACUUUUCAGUCUGAAAUAGUGGUGUCUAAAAUGUAGCCUGUCUGGUUCACAAAACCCAACCAUCUGACUUCUACUUUGUGCUUGUGUUUCACGCUCACAGGCUUGUUCUGUUUUAAGAAUCUGGAAAGGGCUAUUCUUAAUGUUGUAACCUCAUUGAUGGAUAAUACUGAAAUGGCAAGGGGGUAAUUAAGAGUAGUAAAAUAACUGAGCAGAUCAUCUGGCUAUUUGUAGAAUCUAACAAUGGAGUUCUAUAAUGGGCAAGUUACCUACUCUGUUUACUACCCAAGCAGUCAGUGAAAAUUGUCCCUUAAGAUCCACUUAUGUUACAUAAUAAAUGCAAAUUAAUGAGAACAUUUCCUUAAACUUGAUAUUGCUCCUGUCAGGCAGUAUGGUGUGGAGCCAAGUGUCUUAUUGAGAUUAAGUUUAUGGACAUCCCCAAUCAUAAGCAAGGUUGUCCGGUAGAAGUGAGUUUACUUUUACUGUAUGAAAAUCUUUAUUGCAAUUCUGGAAAACUUGUUCCACCUUCAUCAAUAGUACAAAUGAUAAAAUUAUCACUAUUGCAAAAGUAAAUUUUGGGGCAGAAACUACUGGAAUUUCAAAACAAUGAUUUUUAUGGCAGCACUCGACAAUUGGGUGAAGUAAAAACUUAGCAUUUAAUGUAAUGAAUGUUGGUCUUUAAUGCCAUAAUUAGCUAGUCUUUUGUAUGUUGUUACAAGCUAGUAGAUUAGUUUUGAAACUUCUAAACUUUUGCAAGCUAUUGUGAGUUGUCAGUUAUAUCAACCAAAAUUGGCAAAUGUGACCGAAUACAAGGUGAGCAACUAUUUUAAUUACUCCAAGGAGGUCAGUACGAUAUGUGAGAAGCUGCUUUUCCCUGUCAACUUACUAAUAUUUGUGAAUUCUUUCAACAGUAGUGUUUUGAGCUUAAAGAUGUACUCAAAAAUGAUCAAACUCCCCUCUAAUGUACUGUAAGUACAACCUCAUUUAAUGCAAUGUCAGAUAUGCACUUUUGGAUUUAUUUUCUCUUUUACGUAGAUACAUUGACAGAAACACUGAAAAUAUUUUCAGACCAAACUAUUCGCCUUCAUUUAAACAUUGCAGUGGGUUAUCUGUUACAGUGACCUGCAUUUAUAUAGCGCCAAGAUGUUUUACAAGCAUUACAGAACAAGAACUUGACAGCAAAUUGCAAGGAUGUUCUAGACAAGUUGACCAAAAACCUGGGAAGAACUUUUCUGGUACUACUAACAUUCAUUAUUUGCCCUUGAGAAGGUGGCCUGUGUCCCCUGGUGUUUAGGAGAGUUAGAGGUGACAAUUGAAACAUAUCAGAUCCUGAGGCGACUUGACUAGGUAGAUGUUGAAAGGAAGUUCCCUCUUGGGAGCAUCUAGAACCAGGGGUCAUCAUUUAAAAAUAAGGAGUUCCCUGUUUUAAGACAGUUGAGAAAACAUUUUUUUCCUUUGAGCGUUAGGAGUCUUUGGAAUUCCAUUCUCAAGGCAGUGGAUGCAGAGCCUUCAAAUGUGUUUAAGGCUUGAAAUAAUCUUGAUUCCCAAGGAGAUGAAAGACUAUUGGGAUAUGCAAGAAUGUAGAGUUGAGGUUAAGAAUGGAAAAGCCAUACUUUUCUUGAAUGAUGGAGCAGGCUCAAAGGGUCAAAUGGGCCAUGUUUGUUUUCAUUGUGAGCUAUCACCUUGAACUGUUGAAGUUUGUGUGCUGUAAGUUCAGUGAAGGAAGAGCAAUUAUAAUUCUACAUAUGAUAUGAGUGACAGGAAAGAAAAUGCAAGUUACGGUAUUAAAGACCAUCUUAAAGGAGGCAAGAGGUGGAAAGAUUCAUGGAGGGAAUUCCAGAGAGUAGGACCUUGGCAGUUGAGGCACAACCAUGCUUGAUAGAGCAUGUAAAUUGGAAGUAUUCAAGGCAAAAAUUAAUUGUGCAUAAUGAUCAUGUGGGUGGUAAAUGUGGAGGAGAUUACAGAAAUGGGGAGGUUUGAGGCUAUUGAUACAUUUGAAAAGAAGGAUGAGAAUUUUAAUAUUGAGGCAUCACUUGAUGAUGUCGAUCAGUGAGCAGAAGGGGGAUACAGGUGAGUGGUAUUUGUUGUCAUUAAGUGUACAGUUUGCCAAGUUCUGAAACACCAACCUGUAGAAAGCAGAACUAUAUAGGGACUGAUAUGAGUGCAUUGGACGUGGCAAAGAUCUGGAUAAGGGUUUUGGCAGCAGAGAAUUGAAGGCAUGGUCCAAUUUGCGUGAUGUUAUUCAGAUGGAAAUAAAUGUUAAGGUGAUUUUGUAUGUAUGUGGUUAGAUGCUCAUCUUGGGGUUAAAUAUAACACCUAAAUUGUAAACAAUCCCAAACAUAAACAAUAUUCUCUUUAUAAAAGUGAGUCUCCUUCUAGGGCAUGAAAACCUUUGCAGCAAUUAUGGCAUAGCUGGAUGAAACUACUGGCAAACUGACAAAUUUUAAUACCAGGAUAGAAAACAGUAACUUCUGUCUUCCCAGUGUUUUGUAGGAUAUUUUUGUUCUUCCUGUUCUGGAGUGCAAGUUUCCAUCUAUGUUUAAAUCUUUGAAGGCUAUAUUUUCCCUAUUGUCAAAUAAAAAAUAAUUUAUAAGUCUCCAUUUGAAAGUCUCAAACAUUCUGCGUCAUCCAAAAAUCAGGAGGAUUUUAGUUUUUUAUCUUUUUGCAAGAGGAAGUAAAUUUCUGUAUUAAUGAAAAUAACAUCUCAUUCUGGAAUGUUAACAUUGAAAAAUAAGAGGGGGGAAAAAGCUUUAUUUCAAGACACAAAAUCGGAAGUCUGUAGUGUAUGGGUUGGCCUGUCUAUUGCAACAGUAGCUUGCAUUUAUCUAUCACCUUCAUUGUUGGUUAAAAGUCCUGAGGUACUUAACAGUAGUAUUGUCAAAUGUAAUUUGACAUGAAUCCACAUUAGGAGACAUUAAGACAGACCAAAGAGGUAGGAUAUAUUAAAGUAGAAACGCAGAUGGAGUUUACAGAGGGAAUUCUAGAUCUUACUAUCUCAUUCCAAGACUUGGAAACAUGGGUUCCACUGAUGGAAUAGUUGAAAUGGCAAUCAGCAAUAAAUAUUGCUACUCUAUCAUUUCCAUCUUCUAUAAUGGAAUUUUCCAAGCCUUUCACAAUUUUCAUGCAGAAAUUCAGCAUGCACUGCAUGGAGUGCAGCCAAUCUUUCUUGCACACAUGUAAAAUAUUGUGACUGGUUUUGAACUGAUUGCUUAUAGAAAUCUCCUACUAUAUUGAGAUAAUUGGGAGAUUUUUAAAUAGGCUGAUUGAUAACAUUGACAGAUUUGCUCUUUAAGCUUAUUUUAACUUGAGUACAUUUGGUCUUAAAUCUAAGAUGAUCUACUACUCUUAAUAACCACACUUUGAUUACACUGCAAUAAUUGUUAUAAAGAUACUGAAGCUUUAUAACUUUAUAUUUUUUUAAAAUCUACCAACGUUGAAAGUAAAGUAACUUUAAACUGUGAGUAAUUUUAAUUGUGGUAGAAUUUUUAAAAGAAGCUUUAUGAAAAACAAUCAUGCAAAAUGCAUUAUGAAUUGCUUUUAAAAGGUGGAGGGAAAUUUCCUACUGUGUUGUCAGUUAUUGCAGUGUUGAGCUAUUCUAAAUGUCUGAAAAACAUAAACAAAAUAUUUCCUUAUUAACAAAAAGAAUGAAUAUUUAUUAAAUAGUACAGAUUUUGAGUAACUCGUUUGUCGAUAAGAAUAUAAAUUUUAAGACUAUUGAGUUGUCAGUUUCCCAGAAUUCAGUACUAUGUGUAUUUAAAUACCUAGCAUAGUGUGUAUUCAUACACAUGACUUAAACAGCUAUUUAAUGCUGAUGUAGUGCCUCUUAAACUACCUCUGGUAGAUACCUCUGAGGACAUGUACAGGAAGCAGUGUAUGGAUUAACUGAAAACUUACAGAAAGCAAAAUGUACGCUGUGAUUAUAAAGGCACUGUCUCCAGCUUCUUGCAGUGUGCCUUUAGAUAGACUUUGGAUACUGUGACCAAGCCACACAUUGCUGAAAUAUUGAAGGGAUUCUAAUGAGUCCUUGAAUGUAGUGGUGUAACAGUCAUUGAUCUGUAAAGUUUUGCUAUUUGCAUUUUAUUAUUGAAAUGAAUUACAUUAUAAAAAAUAAAGUCCUGAAAGUGGUCUUAA